AUGGCCACUGAGCUGCUUGUUGAAGGUCUCUCCUUCCAAGCUCAGCUAGAGCACAACAUUGAAAGAGAAGAAACUCAAGUAAGCCUCCACGGUGGAAAAGUAGAAAGGGCAGUUCUCCUUGAUGAACUCUUGGAGUUGGGGCUGCAAGCUGUGAAAAAGGAACAGACCAAAAGGGUAACACUUCAGAACUGGGAAGUCCAACAGCCCAAAGUGCUACAAACUCCCAUAACCCCAGCUUGGAACAACUUGCAGCCGCCUCUGUUAACCCCACAGGAUGAUAUUGAGGUUUACCUGGACACCUUUGAGCGGGUGGCUGAGGCCUGUCAGUGGCCUCGAGAAGAGUGGGUGACCCGGCUUGCACCAGCCCUCAAUGGAAGCAUCGAACGGAUCACCUCUGCCCUGGGUGCCUAUAAUGUAAAGGACUAUGAAACAUUGAAAGAGGCCAUCUUGAAAACAUACAAUAUCACUGCAGAGACAUGGCGCCAGCGCUUCAGGCAGUUCUGCUAUCCAGAGGCCAAGGGUCCACUGGAGGAGUUGGCCACAAAUUCACAUGAGAAGGAGCCAGACGCAUCAGGACCUGGACAAAGCACUGCCUAUCAGGAAAGUGGACAAGAGAGGGAGGCCGAUAGCAGUUUGCAAAAUGCUGGAAUGAUCCCCAGUGAAAAGAGGCUGCAGUCUCCCUUGAAGGAUGAGACGGAGGAACUACAGAGGAAUGUACCAGCAAUACACAUGGCUGACCCCGUGCAGAAUUGUAGCCAGGGGAGAAUGUGGGCCAGCCAGGUCCGAACCACAAACGAUCUAAUCAACUUUCCAUCAACGAUGGAUAAAAACAUUUCUGCUGCUUAUCACGAUACAGGGCACCACAAGAUUCAAGGUAUCGGUGUGGGCACAGAAGGAAAAUUAAAUAUAACUAGACAGCAUGCCAAGAGCUUUGGCCGGCAGACAGAGCUUCUCAGAGACAAGAGAAUGCACAAUGGCGAGAAAUCAUACCAAUGCCCUAAAUGCAGGAGACGAUUCAGCGAAAGCACAGCCCUUCACCAGCAUCUCAAAAGCCACACUGCUGAGAAACGAUACCAGUGUACUGAGUGCGAGAUGCGCUUCCGGCAGAGCUCGGACCUCAUCAAACAUCAGAGAAUCCACACAGGGGAGAAGCCAUACCAGUGUCAGGAGUGUGGGAAGAGGUUCAGCCUGUGCUCAGCUCUGUACAGGCACUGCCGGGGGCACUCUGGGGUGAAACCAUUUCAGUGCAAGGAGUGUGGGAAAAGCUUCACACGGAACUCUAGUUUAGCACAGCACCACCGGCUUCACAAGCAGUAGAACCCAGAGUAUGCCCUGGACUCAAAUAUCAUAGGAUGCAGUUCUGAAACUGGAUGUCCUUCCAGGGCUGUGUGUAUUCCAUAAACUCACUGAGCAAACAUUGCCAAGUGCAGAGUUCAGCAACCUGAGGGUCAGGUUCAACUUAAAAAAAAAAGUUUCUAGCCCUCAAGUCUGUGAAAUUAUGCCCAAAGGGUAUGCUGAAUGAAAAGUGGCCUUCCUAGCUCUUCAUAAUUAGGGCAAGCAGCAGUUAAGUACAAUAAACAUAUUUGCAUCAAGU